GUAUUAUCCCAUCCCUUCCCCACCGCCAACCGCCGACCGAUGGAACGUGACCUUCUCUUUCCAUCCUCAAAAGAAGAAAAAAACGAACGUGACCUGAUUCUUCGCGAUUCUCACUCUAACCUCCUCUCUUCAUCACGCCAGAGAGUUCUUCUUUGCGAGAUUCUUUCGUUCACUUUAAGUAUCUGUCCUGUAAUUGGCAGUAGACCAAGGCUGUGUGGAUCUGGAUCGGAUGCUAGUGGAGGAGAUGCAAGGUUCGCCGGAGGUAGCUGAAGAGCCGCCGAUGUCGGAUUCAGCGCGGAAAUCCGAUCAUUCGAGCUCUUCUGAAGUCUCGGUGGCCAUUGAGGACGGCGCACUUGAUGAUGCUGCAGCUACAAAUAUCUCACGGACUAGUGGUAUGGAAUUUCAUAAAGCAAACAUGAAACAUGCUGAGAUUUCAAAUCCUGAUAAGCCCAAGUCACCUUCUGGCUCUCCUAAGUUGGGAAGGUCAAAAACUGAGAGGCAAAGGCAUCAUAAUAUAUGCGCUGAAGAAGCAGCAAAACUUUUUGACAACAAACUUCCUGUUCAAAAGAAGCUCCAACUGUUGAACAGAAUAGCUACAGUCAAAGAUGAUGGAACUGUAGAAUUUGAAAUUCCGGGAGAUGUUGGAGUGAUUGUAGAUGGUUCUGAAAACAAACACACUGAUUUGGAGGACAAACAUAUUGAUGCAAUGGAACUUCAGUAUAUUCCACCAAUGCAGAUAGUAAUGCUUAUUGUUGGAACACGUGGUGAUGUGCAACCUUUUGUUGCAAUUGGAAAACGUUUGCAGGAUUAUGGUCAUCGUGUCAGACUUGCGACUCAUGCAAAUUUCAAAGAAUUUGUCCUCACUGCUGGGCUGGAAUUCUAUCCUCUUGGGGGUGAUCCAAAAGUUUUGGCCGGAUACAUGGUUAAAAACAAAGGAUUUUUGCCUUCUGGACCAUCAGAAAUACCUGUUCAACGAAAGCAAUUGAAAGAUAUCAUAUAUUCCUUGCUUCCAGCUUGCAAAGACCCCGAUAUGGAUACUAAGGUUUCUUUUAAGGCGGAUGCAAUUAUUGCUAAUCCUCCCGCAUAUGGGCAUAUACAUGUUGCUGAAGCUCUGAAGAUUCCGAUUCAUAUAUUUUUCACAAUGCCAUGGACGCCGACUAGUGAAUUUCCUCAUCCAUUGUCUCGUGUAAAGCAACCUUCAGGAUACCGGUUGUCAUAUCAGAUCGUUGACUCUUUGAUUUGGCUAGGAAUAAGGGAUAUGAUAAAUGAUUUAAGGAAGAAAAAGCUGAAACUUCGACCAAUCACGUAUUUAAGUGGUUCACAUGGCUUUGAAUCUGAUAUUCCACAUGGAUAUAUUUGGAGUCCUCACCUUGUUCCUAAACCAAAAGACUGGGGGCCUAAGAUUGACGUGGUGGGGUUCUGCUUCCUUGAUCUUGCAUCAAAAUAUGAACCUCCAGAAUCACUUGUGAGCUGGCUUAGGGCAGGUCAAAAGCCAAUCUACAUUGGAUUUGGUAGUCUUCCCGUUCAAGAACCAGAGAAGAUGACCAAAAUAAUUGUUGAAGCACUACAAAGAACUGGUCAGAGGGGGAUUAUUAAUAAAGGCUGGGGUGGCCUUGGUAACUUAGCUGAACCAAAGGAUUUUGUCUAUUUACUGGAUAACUGUCCUCAUGAUUGGCUUUUCCUACAAUGUUCUGCCGUGGUGCAUCAUGGGGGUGCUGGAACAACGGCUGCUGGUCUUCGAGCUGCGUGCCCAACAACUAUUGUCCCUUUCUUUGGUGACCAGCCAUUUUGGGGGGAUAGAGUGCAUGCUAGAGGAGUAGGUCCACAACCAAUACCGGUUGAGGAAUUUUCACUUAACAAACUGAUUGGUGCAAUUGAAUUCAUGCUAGAUCCAAAGGUAAUAUGUUGUUUUCUUGUUCUGGAAUAAUUUUCUGAUGUUAUAUGGAAAGUCAUAUUUUAGAUAAUCUCCUGAAGAUGAAAAGUAUUCAUUCUUAUUCAGCUUCAAAUCCUUGUAUGGUUGGAGGAUUUUGGAAGGGUGUGUGAUAAGAGGACCGUGGUGUGUUUGGUAGGAAUUAUCAUUAUCAGCACCUCUAGAAAAAUAAUGAGAUGAAAAACUCUAAAAUGUUUUCACCUAGAUUAGUUCCACAUGCUUGGGAACCCAUCAUUAGACGGAAAUAAUUGAGAUAAUUGAUAUUGUCCUGUACAUUACUUGAUUGAAAUAACAACAUCAACAUGCAAAUCAUGAAACAUGACAUGUUUGGCUGAUGGAGUUAGGGGGGAGAAAAUGGGGGAGUGGUGAACUUCCCAAAUUUCUCAUAUCACAGCUCCAUAUUGAGAGAUGAUGGGUGAGAGAUAAACAACUUAUCUAGUGUAGUCUCACAAGUAGGGUCAGAGGGGGGGGGGGGUGCCGAUGCGUUGCCCCUACCUAAGGUUAGGCGGUAGAGAUAUUCCCAAAAGAUUCCCGGCUCAAAAGUCCGCAAUUAACACAAUGAACUAUUUGUGAAUUGAUGCCGAGCAAAAGUAAGAUAUUUAUUACAUAUAGAUUGUUACGAAAUAUUUUUUUAAUUACAGAGUUUUUUGCAUAUUCUUAUGAAAUGUUAUUGCAUCUCUCCAUUUGACUAGACUAAGCAUCUUCUUCAACUCUCAUUUUCUUCCCCUCCCCUAUCCUGCUUUCUCAUCCCCUCUUCGGACCAGAACAUGUCUAAAGUUAUUUCUCUGUAUUUGAUUCCUGCUACAUGUCAAAACGAAGUCCAGAAAAUAGUCAGAAUGAUAUGACAUUGGCAUUGGUAUAACCUGGUCCAGCCACCCUCACCCAAUAUAAAUCUGUUUGGGUAGCAUUUUCAUAUAGAAGAUAGAGAAACAUUGUAAGCCACAUUCUUUUCCCUAACAGGAAAUGUAGAAGUGUGGCUUUAAUUUUUGGACACCAAAAAUGGACAUUGUGACUUUAAUUUAGGGACGGAAGGAAUAUUUUUCUGCCUUACAAAAAAAACAAGUGAGAUUAUUGACAGGUAAAGAAUCGUGCGGUGGAACUUGCGAAGGCGAUGGAGAAUGAAGAUGGCGUGACAGGAGCAGUUACAGCCUUCUUCAAGCACCUUCCAACCAAAAAAUCUGAAACCAAGCAGGUCCCUUCACCUUCCCAUCCUUUUUCUGUAAGAAGAUGCUUUGGCUGCUCCUAGAUACUGUUUAUAUUUGUGCUAUUGAUAGUAUCGUGAUUUUUCUCUCCUCCCCCUCGUCCCUGUUUUGUCAUAUGAGUAUAUCAAAUACUUGGGGGAGGGUAUUCAAGACUACCAUCUUCGAUAUUCAUAAGUUGGCUUUCCCCAAUUUGUGUUGGUUUUUUUACUUUUCGAUUCCAUCAAAAUUCAAUGAAAAGUCUUUUUGGAGUAUUACUCGGCACAAGUUUCUCGCUCUUAAAAUUUAACAAUC